AACAAAUCUUUCUGCUGACCCCUCCAGGCAUGUCAGAGUUUGCAGGUGGCGCUGUGCAUCUGACUGGUGCCUUUUAAGCUUGCAUAUUUUUGGAUGAAGCCCGCUGCCGUCUCGUAAUGUAUGUUGUUUAUCAGUAGUAAGCGUUGGUCACAAUCGGUAAACUGUUCAAAACGAAGACACAACGAAACAAGAACUGUUACCGAAAGCAUUGCAGUUUUGAAGCCGAACAAUGAUAGAAACUGUCCACUUGCGGCUUUUAGGAAUGCUGACACGUAAGAGCAGGGGGAAAAAAAUAAUAAUUGACACAACUUCAUAUGUGAUGCUUUUACGGUACAGAACUUCCCUAAUCCAGUUUAGUGUGUGACUGACCACUUAGAGCAAUUGCGCUGUUUGUACCCUAACUAAACAAGGCCGCUGCAUCGCCCACUGUAGAUAAAUUGCAUAUGUUCUCUGGGGAACUGCUCUCAAAAGAGGUGAGCAGUGUCUGAUGUGAAGCUGAAGCAAACUACAAGAGAGAUGGAGUCUUACCUGGGCUUCUACCUGCUGAGUUUCCUUGCCUUGACCAAGACUGCACACACUGUUGAACAGACACCUCCGUUUCUGCGAGUGCAGCCGGGACAGUCAGCCACAAUCACCUGCAUCGGAGGUUCAGUGGACUCUGAUGGGGUGUAUCUGAGGAGGAGAUUCAGCCAGACAAGCCAAGUGCUUUACGUCCACAAGUUAGGCACAAUGACAAUAGGCAAGAACUACACUGACCGCAUGAAGACUGAAGGGGACACAAAGAAACUCAUCCUAACAAUCAGCAAUCUGACAGAGAGCGACUCGGAUGGGUAUUUCUGUGAGUUUGGUGGACUUGAUAUGGAAACUGGGAACGUAUUAAAUAUUCCAACUACUGGGACUUUGAUACUGGUUCAAGACGAGGUGAAAAAGGUGACGUGUCCUCCGGUAGAUCCAAAUCCUCCCAGCUCUAGUCUCCAGCUGACCCCGACCCUAAUGAUUGUCACAUCACUGGCUGCAGUCUGUGUCCUCAUCCUCUGUAUCGUUGCCCUGAUAAUAUGGCAGCUCCCGAAUAUUAAGACGUGUUUUGCCAAACAGAGAUCACAACAAACAACUCAUGAUACAGUCUAUGAAGAGAUGGCCAAGUCGAGGUACAGCUGUUAGAGGAUUGAGCACUGAGGAGUGUUUGCCUUAUGUACUGUUCAGUAAAAAGCAUUGUGCAUACCAUAUAUAGUGUGUGCUGAAUAAGAACAAAGGUAAUUCUAGCAUUAAUUACAUAAUUUAGGAGUAGGAGUUGGAGUAGUAUGAGUAUUAUUUUCUGGGCAGCAGUGUGGAGUAGUGGUUAGGGCUCUGGACUCUUGACCGGAGGGUCGUGGGUUCAAUCCCAGGUGGAGGACACUGCUGCUGUACCCUUGAGCAAGGUACUUUACCUAGAUUGCUCCAGUAAAAACACAACUGUAUAAAUGGUUAGUUGUAUGUAAAAAUAAUGUGAUAUUUUGUAACAAUUGUAAGUCGCCCUGGAUAAGGGCGUCUGCUAAGAAAUAAAUAAUAAUAGUUGUCACCAAUGUCUGCCUAGGGACUAUCAAUUGAAAUUAGCCUACAUUGGAAAUACAAUGCCUCUUGUGUUAUGUAAAUGACACUUAUGUUAUUAUUGUACAUGUAAGCAAGGUAGCUUGUGUUGCAAAAUGCUUGGUGGGUACAAAGUAAAGAAGGUCUGGCUUCAGCUGUCUAUUGAGCUGUAGACGACAUGGUGUUUUUUCUGUCCUCUGCUCAGGCCUGUCUGCAUUAGGUCAGGUUCUAUUACCAGAAUAUCACAGUGUGUUUUUUUUUCAGCUGGCUUGAUUCAAUCUAUGUUCCUGUUUGCACUCUGUGUAAUAGGCUUCUACUGCUGCUGGUGACCUUUAGAAGUACAUUCAAAGCUACAGGGAUGGGAGGUAUCUGGGUGGGGGGUUGGGGUUCAAUGCUGAACAGAUGCUUCAGUUAGGACAUUGUGUGUAAAUAUCUGACAUCCUCUUGUGAUCUUGAUGUAACCCUAGAGGAAUACACAGAAUACAAGUUUCUGUGCAGUGCAAGGGGAAUGCGAAUUCACUGCCAGUGCAUCUGUGGCUCUAGCAGAACCAUGCUAAACCUACACUGUGCUAUACCAUGGUAAAAAUGAAGCGUCACAGAGUCACAGAAAGGCAUUGUUGAGCAUGGCAAAGCAUGAUAGAAUACAUAUUAUAUGCAUUUAUUUUAUUAAGGCGAGUAUAGUGUUUAUUUCUUUUUUUAAUGGUUCUAUAUGUAAAAACAAAAACAAUUGCACUCAGCUAAACCACAACAGAGAAUGUGUCUGGGUUUGUUUAGAAAUGUGCCUUCGUUUAUUUUUAUUUUUUUUAUUAAUAAAAAAAAGGACCUGUAAAUAAAAUAAAAUGAUCGUUCCACAAGUG